AUGUAUAUUGAAGAUAAGAAACAAGAGUUUUUAAUGUUACAACAGGGUGAUAUGUCGGUAAUAGAUUAUGAGAGAGAAUUCUCGAGACUUAGCAGAUAUGCCUCCGAGUUUAUCCCAACAGAAGCUGAUAGUUGCAAAAGAUUUUUACGGGGUUUACGAGACGAAAUCAAUGUAAAGUUAAUAUCUCACCGAAUUACUGAGCUUGUAGAUUUGAUUGAGCAAGCUAAAAUGGUAGAGCAAGUGUUAGGCCUUGACAAAAAGACUGAAAGAGUCAGAUUAAUCGGAAAGCAUGCGGGAACUACUAGCUUAAAUCCACAGCCAAAAAGAUCAAAGGAAUCUCAAUGUGGUUGGAGAUCCAGUUUUAGAUCAGAUAGAAGUGGUAGAAGCAGAGGGAAACAGACAACAGUAUCUACUAGUAGUGUGAGAGAUCAUUUCAUCAGAGAUUGUCCAAAAGCUGAUAGUGCUGCACCCGUGACAUCACAGAGAUCAGUAUCUACUACUAGAGGCAGAGGGUCAGGUAGAGGUAGUUCGAUAUCUAGAACUGGAUUUGUUCGUAGGAGCGGUGACAUAGUUACACAACAGUCAGAGGCAAGAGCACCAGCUAGGGCCUAUGUAGUUCAGACUCGGGAAGAAGGUGAUGCCCACAAUGUUGUGAGAGAUAGAGUAUGCCAAAGAUGCUCAUUGAUGAUACAUGAUAAAAUAUUUUCCAUUGACUUAUUGAUCAUACCUUUCGGUAACUUUGAUGUAAUCUUGGGUAUGGAUUGGUUGUCUGAACAUAGAGUGGUAUUGGAUUACUAUAAAAAGAGGUUUAGUAUUCAGACAGAAGGUAGGGAUAGAAUUGAGGUGAAUGGCAUCCGUACUAGUCGAUUAACACGUAUCAUUUCAGCAGUCAAGGCUAAUAAAUUGCUUCGACAGGGUUCUACAGCAUAUUUAGCUUAUGUUAUUAAUUCUGAUUCGGUUGAUAGUCAGUGCAGAAAGAUCAGAACUGUAUGUGAGUUUCUAGAUGUAUUCCCUGAAGAACUACCGAGCGUACCACUUGACAGAGAGGUUGAAUUUGCUAUAAAAGUGUACCCGGGUACAGCACCAAUCUCUAUACCUCCGUACCGAAUGUUGCCCACUAAAUUAAAAGAGUUGAAGUUGAACAAAGUGACGAUCAAGAACUGGUAUUCGUUGCCCCGUAUAGAUUAUUUAUUUGAUCAACUAAAAGGAGCUUCGAUAUUUUUGAAGAUUGACUUGAGAUCUGGGUAUUAUCAGCUGAAAGUAAAAGAAAGUGAUGUUCCGAAAACUCCGUAUUUAGAUCAGUUUGUGGUGGUUUUUAUUGAUGACAUACUGGUUUAUUCGAAGUCAGAGUCAGAGCAUGAUCAGCAUCUCAGAACCGUGUUACAGAUUCUACGGGAAAAACAAUUAUACGGGAAACUGAGUAAAUGUGAAUUAUGGUUAUCAGAGGUAGUAUUCUUGGGACAUGUCGUAUCUGCUGAUGGGAUUAGAGUUGAUCCGAAGAAGAUCGAGAGGAGUUUUGAGACAUUGAAACAGAUGUUAACCGAGGCACCUAUUUUAACAUUACCAGAAUCUGGGAAAGAUUUUGUUGUGUAUAGUGAUGCUUCUCUAAAUGGUUUAGGUUGUGUAUUGAAGCAAGAUAGAAAAGUAAUAGCUUAUACAUCUCGACAGUUGAAGCCACAUGAACGCAACUACCCGACACACGAUUUGGAGUUAGCUGCUGUAAUUUUCGCAUUGAAGUUUGGAGCCAUUACUUAUUACCAUCCAGGAAAGGCAAAUGUGGUAGCAGACGCAUUAAGCAGAAAAGCAGCAGUUGAAUUACGGGCAAUGUUUGCCCAGCUUAGUAUUAAUGAUGAUGGAAGUUUCUUAGCUGAGUUAAGAAUUAAACCGGUAAUGUUUGAUCAAAUCAGAGCAACACAGCUAGAAGAUGAAAAGUUGAUGAAGAAAAAAGAAAUGGCACAGCAUGGUAUGCGAGUAAAAGUAGAACAUCAUGUACCGACAGGUUUGUUACAACCUAUUACUAUUCCCAAGUGGAAAUGGGAUUGCAUUACUAUGGAUUUUGUUACGGGAUUGCCAUUGUCAAUGAGUAAAAAGAAUGCCAUCAGGGUGAUUGUCGAUCGACUCACAAAGUCAGCUCAUUUUAUAGCAGUCAGAACCGACUGGUUACUACAGAAGCUUGCCGAGGUUUAUAUCUGUGAAAUUGUUAGAUUACAUGGUAUUCAAGCAUCGAUAAUUUCAGAUUGGGACCCUCGGUUUACAUUGAGAUUUUGGAAGCAAUUACAUGAUUCAUUGGGAACUCGGCUUAAUUUUAGUACUGCAUUUCAUUCACAAACUAACGGACAAUCCGAGUGA